AGUGCCUUUUGAAAACUUUUCACUUAUAUGGUCCGAAAUUUCGAAUGAAUUACCUAAAACCAAUUCAUUUCAAACAAUAAUUUUAAGUAGGCAAAAUUUUAACCUCAUUCAAAAUGCACUACACCCGUUGCUUAGAACCCAUGGACAAGACGAAGAACACGAAACUUCAUCAGCUUAAGUCCAGCGUUACUCCUUACAGACCAAAGCCGAGCCUAAUACGUAGUAAUUCCCCAAAAUUAGAGAACGAUAAGCGUAAUGGCUUGGACUUGGAGCUGCUGAAUAAUCCCGAGAUACCCAGCGUAAAGCGUGUACGAUGGGCUCCGAUGUAUGGAGAAAAGAUCCCGAGUACGACCUCCGUUUGCAGCUUUCCACUAAGGUCCAAACAGGCUCAGUUUGAUCAGGACUUAUCAGAUGAGUUAAUACUGGCCAACGAGCUUCGAUUGGCGGUGCAUCGAGGGGGAGGUUCCAUCGAUCCCGAGAAGAAUUUCGAGCUGAGGGCUCGACUGUCUCCAUUGCAGUUGCCAUACAGUCGUGUGCAGCGAAUUCUGAAAGAGUGCGAGUUGAGUGAGAGGAAUCAACACACCUAUAGUAUACCCAUGGACUAUGGGCGCCAAUUGGUUGCCAUGGUUUGCAAGAUCCGGACGGAUAAUCUGCCCAACCUGAAGCUGCGUUUGGCCUCUUUACUUCGGCAAAACAAAACGCGCUUCUUUAAUAGACAUUUGUUUAACGAAACUGGCUUGAUUGAGGCCACAUUGCCUAGCAAAACACCUUUAAGUUUUGAAGAAUUUAAUCAAACGUUGCGAACAGAUGCUCUGUGGUGCAAAGCCACCGAUAGCGCCAUUACCGAUUUGGGAAAAGGGUCUGUUUUGUUCAAGUGUCGACCUCUGGACCUCCAAGAGGUUACGUACAAACUAAGGCAGUGCAACUAUAAGAUUAUAAACAAGGAGGUGGGCCACUGUCCAAACAAGCCGCUCGUGGAUUUAAAUGAUCGACAAAUGGCCCGCUACCAGGAGUUUCGUACAGCGCUUCUUCAAGAUGUAGAUGUCGUAAAGAUCUAUGACAACGUGCGUGUCCAGUAGCUUAAAUCAGUCCAGUAGACGAAAAUCCUAAGUUAUAUCAAAUUAUCAAAGUGAACUUAAAUUAUAUAAUGUGUUUCCUACAGUUAUUCCAUAAUAACAAACUCACGACCUCUCUACAA